AUGCAAUUGAGACUCUUGAAUCUUUCUUCGAAUGGUGGUUUAUUGUCAAUACCAGAUUCAACUAGUGGUUUGUCGAAUUUGCAAACAUUGAUACUCAAUUAUUGCUCAAAGCUCCAAAAAUUGCCUAGAGAUAUUGGGAAACUCAUCAAUCUUAGGCACUUGGAAAUUUCUGGUUGUGAUAAAUUGGAGUAUGUGCCAUGUGGAUUGGGCGAGCUAAUUAAUCUUCAGACAUUAUCGAAGUACGUGCUGAUGAAGAGAGAGAAAUCUAUCCCAAGGCAUGGUGGUGAGCUAAAAGAAUUGAUGAGGCUGAACAACUUGAGAGGGGAAUUGGAAGUUAUAAAUUUGAGCCAUGAGAAAGAUGUGGUAGCAGGGUAUGGGAGUGCAGAAUUAAAGGAUAAAAAAUAUCUUCGAUCUCUGACAUUGAAGUGGGAUUCUCAUGUUGAAAUUAAUAAUUUAGAAGUCAUUGUUGGUUAUGAAAUGUCAAUGGAAGGCCUUCAGCCACACGAAAAUGUUCUAGAACUGAGGUUAAAAUAUUAUGGGGGUGUCAAGCUCUCCAGCUGGCUCUCAUCACUUACAAACUUGGUCAACUUAACUUUGAAGGAUUGCAAGAAAUGUGAGUAUCUAGUUCCAUUGAAUCAACUCCAUUGUCUCAAGGUUUUGGCACUUCGGAGGUUGGAGUCUUUAGAGUACAUAUCCAACAAUAAUUGCAAUGAAGACUUAUCUGGGUCAACAAAAUCAUUACUGCCAUCUCUACAGAAACUUGAGUUGAUUGAGUUGCCUAAUCUAAAGAGAUGGUGGAGAGACAUUGUAAUUAGUGGUGAAGAAGAAGACAAACACAUGUCCUUGCCUUGCUUCCCUUCUCUUUCUGAAUUAUAUAUAACUAAUUGUCUUAAGCUGACUUGCAUGCCACUUUACCCACAUUUGGAACAUCUGACUUUGACGAACAACAGCUUGAAGCCAUUGGAAGAGACAUUAAGAAUGAAGAUGAGCAGUAGCGCUACAUCUUCUUUCUCUCCUCUCUCCAAAUUGAAAACACUACGUCUAACUAACAUUGAGGGUCUAGAAUGUCUUCCGGAAUGGUUCGAGAGCCUUACUUCUCUCAAUCACUUGUGUAUUAAGAGGUGCCCUAAAUUGAAGGAUAUGUGUCCAGGGAUUCUACGUCUCUCGUCACUUCGAAAUCUGUGGAUUUCAAAUUGCGAGGGGUUAGCAGACAUGCUUAAUGGUGAUGAUGCCAUUAUGUGGAAAGCCCUAAAUGGAAGACUCCACUCGCUACUACUAUGGUCGUUGCCAAAUAUAGUGACUGUUCUUCCUAAGAGUAUCAAACAUCUUACAAGUCUGCAACGUCUUGAAGUUUGUUUCUCUCAAGGUUUGACAACAAUUCCAGAGUGGAUCGACAACCUCAAAUCGCUUAAGCAACUUGAGUUUGAUGAUUGCCCCAAUCUGACAUCAUUCCCUGAAGGAAUUCGAAGCCUCACCACUUUAAACUCACUGUCCAUUAUCAGAUGUCCCACGUUAUUGAAGAGAUGCAAAAGGGAAGUAGGUGAAGAUUGGGAUAAGAUUUCUCAUAUACAAAACUUGGACUUGUAUCCAAAUCCCAAUGAAGAAGAAAAUGAGAAUGCAUCGGAAGAGGCGGGCGAGAGAAAGGGAUGCAACCUCUUCUUGAACAAGUUUAGGGUUACUUUGGAGAGGAUGCAUGACCAUGAGGGCUAUAGAAGCAAUGAGAUGAUCCAAAGAAAAAUAUGAAGCUAUUAUGGCUAUUAUCAUUUCCAUUUAGGAGGUUUAAUUCUUGUUCUAGCUCAGAAGUCUUGCUCUCACUUACUGACUUAAAUCUGACUCUUGUUUUAACAUAAAACUAGCUUUUUUCUCAUUCUCCUUUCCAAGUUUUGUCAGAGAUACAAAGCUUGUAGGGCUACAGUGUUGCACAUUUAAAUGACUUCACACUUCGAAAUCUGUGGAUUUCAAAUUGCGAGGGGUUAGCAGACUUGCUUAAUGGUGAUGACGGCAUUAUGUGGAAAGCCCUAAAUGGAAGACUCUACUCGCUGUCAUUAAGAGAGUUGCCAAAUAUAGUGACUGUUCUUCCUAAGGGUAUUCGACAUCUUACAAGUCUGCAACGUCUUCAUGUUUUUUCCUCUCAAAGUCUAACAACAAUUCCAGAGUGGAUCCACAACCUCAAAUCACUUAAGAUACUUGAGUUUGAUAGAUGCCCCAAUCUGACAUCAUUCCCUGAAGAAAUUCGAAGCCUCACCACUUUGAACGAGCUCACUAUUGAAUUUUGUCCCAUGUUAUUGAAGAGAUGCAAAAGGGAAAUAGGUGAAGAUUGGGAUAAGAUUUCUCAUAUACAACACUUAACGUGUAUUCCAGACCCCAACUAAACGAAGAAGAAAAUGAGAGACAACGUUAAGCUGUUUCUAGUUCUAUUGGUAGCAGAAAUGUCUAAAAAAGUCGCAGUUAGUCCAAUAAUCUGCACUCAUGGUUCACAAUUUUCUAGUUUUUCAGGAAUGCAAGUCAAUUGUGAAUCUGUUAUUUGUUCAUGAUUAUAAUGGUUGUGCUGAUCCUCUUCCUCUGGGGUCUUCUUAUGUGUCUGGGAUGUUGGCAUUGAUUUGGGUGAUUGGGCUUGCUUGGAUCAGAUCUUGGCUUCAAGAAUUUUUAUAUAAGCUUCUUCUAGUCACGUUUAGCUUCUUGAAACUAGACCCCCUGGUGUUUUGAGUCCAAAAAUAGUUCUUGUCUGCAUCAAUUAAGUCAAAUGGAGAUUAAUAAUGGCGUUACUGCAUUGCCAUCAGAGGAUUCUGUAUCAGAAAGGAAGAGGAAAUUGGAGUGCCUAAAGAUACUUGCUAUUUUUCUGCACUAUCCAAUAAGAUUGCAUCUUCUAUUGCCACAAAUUCUAGUAGGAAUUGGCCUCGAGACUUGUAUGAAAAGAUUGCAAGAAGCUUAUGAAGAUAAAAUGAUGGUUGAUGGCAGUUUCAUUCAUAUAUAAAGUAAAUCCAACAACAAAUGAUGCUGUUCUGAAGUUGCCAUAUUACGUAUGAACAGUCUUUUUCAUGUAAAUUUAUGGGGAAUGAGAAUACCAUCAUCCGAUCAACAACUUGGUAAGAGAUGUUCUUAGUACAAAACAAGUUUGGAUAUGCUAUUUACUAACAUGUUUUUCAAGCUAAACCCCUGUAGCAGUAGAUCGCUAGGCAAAUCAUACAAGAUCAGGCCUAACACAAAUAACUCCAUGAUACAACUUUAAUUAAACUUGCCCAAGAGGCAAAUAACUUGAGAGUACAGCAUAAAGAAAUCAGUACUCUUUGUAUUGUAAAAAAUUAAAUCACAUAAUUUUUUUAUAUAUAAUAAUUUCAUAAUAA